AUGCGCUCUCUGCUUCUUUUCCUCUACCUGUGCCUGGUCAGGAAUGAAGGAGUUGGGGCAUUGGACCCCAGCUUGCCCUUCAUGGAAUACCUGGACCAGGACCAUUUGGUCUGCCUGAAGUGGGGUUUCGACGACGUGCAAGGGACCAUUACAUUCACAUUUGUGGUUAACACGACAGGCUGGAUCGGCUUCGGCUUCAGUCCGAAUGGAGACAUGCACGGGGCAGAUAUCGUCAUGGGGGGACUCGGAUCCAGUGGAAGCUACUUCAAGGAUUAUUAUGCCACAGGGAAUGCCAUGCCUCUGGAGGACACGGAGCAGAGCUACACUCUCCUCUCUAUGAACGAAAGUGACGGUCAAACCAGCAUGAGCUUUCAGAGGGCCAUCAUGUCGUGUGAUCAGCAAGACUUCCAAAUCACUGCUCAACCCAUUAAGCUGAUCUAUGCCUACGGAACAACAGAUGUGAUCGGGUACCACAGGGCCCGAAGAGGCACCAAGGAAGUCAACCUGCUGAACUACAUGGCCAGGACGACCUUAACCAACACCAACUUUCUCGAUGUCACAGUGGAAAAUGUCACUGUCCCUCCCACUCACACCUACUACCACUGCAAGAUCAUGAAUUUUCCAUGGCUAACUACGAAACAGCAUAUAAUUGUGGUUGAACCGGUCAUAGAAAACGUUGACAUGGUUCACCACAUGCUGCUGUACCGCUGCCCUUCCUUUGUGACGCAACCGUACAACAGCCAGUGCUACCAGCAUAACCUGGGGGACUACUGCAUCGGGGUGGUGGCUACAUGGGGAGUCGGAGGAGGGGUGAUGGAUCUUCCAGAAAAUGUGGGUAUCCCUGUCGGAGGUGAGGACCGUGAUACAUUCUAUAGGCUGGAAAUCCACUACAAUAAUCCAAACAAUGUAUCAGGCAGGACAGACAGCUCCGGACUGAGACUGUACUAUACAGACCAACUCCGGCAGUAUGAUGCCGGCGUCUUGAUGACAGGUGUGGUGCCGGGGAUAGAUAUUAAUUAUAAAAUCCCUCCAAAGGCCACUCAGUUCCGGUCAUACGGUGUGUGCAAUACCUCUUUGUUUUCUGAGUUUCUGAAUCCUAUGCCUGAUCUUAAAGUGUUUUCUGUGCUCAUGCACACUCACUUGGCUGGCAGGAAAGUCAGAGUUGGCCACUACUCUAGCAACGGAACGCAGGUCGACUUCAUGGGCUUGGAGGAAAACUAUAACUUUGACUUACAACAAAUUACCAAUUUGGGAGUCAUCAAGACCAUUAAGCAGGGUGAUGAGAUCGCAGUGGAGUGCACCUACAGCACUGCCAGUCGCACUGGAGUCACUACGAUGGGGUUAGGAACUAAUGAUGAGAUGUGCCUGGCCUUCCUUUAUUACUACCCUGCGAUCAGCGUCACCACAUGUCAGAGCCGCCCGGAUACAACGCAUCCAUCGAUGAACACAAGCAACCAGAUCUUUGAGGGGACCACAACUCCAGACCAGGAUGAGAUCGCUGAGUAUGAGCGUUUGUUAAAGACUGUACCACAGUUGCAGCUUAUCGCCGAUGAAGGUCGCACCUUCAAAUCUUACCCAGGUGGUAUGAUCAGGGAGAUGAUGAAGACGCCGACUGUCACUUGCAACGCAUCAAGCAGACUCGUCACCUCCUGGAUUGUGAACCCAGCAGGAGUAAUACUUUUGCUCCUCUGGAUUGCAAUGAUGUGACGUGGUUGUAUGAGCAACAUAUCCAUAUCAAUGCAAUUUUGAUACAGGGAGACGCAGUUGAAUAAAAUCUCUAUUGUAUCCAACUGGGUAUAUUCAGCUUUCCAGGACAGGGUGGAGACUAAUUCCUAUGUUUUUGUUUUCACUAUCCAUAGCAUUUUUUUUCUCUUUGCUGUUAAUUUUCAAUCACAGAGUGGGUGUCAUAUUACUCAGUAACUAUUAGAAUGAUUAUCAUAUUUAGACUAGUUGUUAGAUUAGUGUCCUUAGCCAUGUGUGUCUGGAGACUAGUCAGAUAGUCAAUUUAGUUUAUUUUGACCAUUUAUGACAAAAAUGUGUACCCGUAGCACCAUACCUUAACCUUAAAGUAGCUACAUGGAAUUCAGCCAUCAGUAAUUUUAUCAUUCACCUGUGCAAUAGGCCUAUAUAAACAUAUGUUUCUUUUUUCGUCUAUGCACAUGUAUAACAAUUUAUGGCACAAAAACACUUGCACUUUUCUCUGUUUAUGUACGUGUUGUGUUUAUUAUGUGUGCUGUGAGCCUAAUUGCAGAUUUUUAUAUAUUUGUAUGAUUUAUAUAUGAAAAAAGAUCUAAUCAGUUAAUAAUCAUCCAAUAAAAAUAUA